CGCCCACCCGGAUCCGGGUCCUUAUGGCCAUGGCCUCGGCCUCAUCGGGUCGCGGGGUCGGGUCACUGCUCCAGUUCUUGCGAUUGGUGGGGCAGCUGAAGAGAGUCCCACGGACUGGCUGGGUAUACAGAAAUGUUGAGCGGCCAGAGAGCGUGUCAGAUCACAUGUAUAGGAUGGCAGUUAUGGCCAUGGUGAUCAAAGAUGACCAUCUAAACAAAGACCGAUGUGUGCGCCUAGCCUUGGUUCACGAUAUGGCAGAAUGCAUCGUGGGGGACAUAGCACCAGCAGAUAACAUCCCCAAAGAAGAAAAACAUAGGCGAGAAGAGAAAGCUAUGAAGCAGAUAACCCAGCUCCUACCAGAAGACCUCAGAAAGGAGCUCUAUGAACUUUGGGAAGAGUAUGAGACCCAGUCUACUGCAGAAGCCAAGUUUGUGAAGCAGCUGGACCAGUGUGAGAUGAUUCUUCAGGCAUCUGAAUAUGAAGACCUUGAGAACAAACCCGGGCGACUGCAAGACUUCUACGACUCCACCGCAGGAAAAUUCAGUCACCCUGAGAUUGUCCAGCUUGUUUCUGAACUUGAGGCAGAAAGAAACGCUAGCAUAGCUGCAGCCACCAGUGAGCCACCCUCCUGAGGCGCUGUCUGUGGCCGCACUCCUGUAACACACAUUUUAUUGUUCUGUUUCAUGGUAUCGUGUUUUGCCAUUGUUGGUCUGUUAGUUUCCCUAGAUGUGUCUGUUUAUUUUUAAUUGUCUGGACUUCAACAAGAAACAUGGUGAAAGUUCGGCACUAAAAGAAGCCACAGGGCAGAAAGUGGUCAUGAAAAUGCUGUGCACGAAGACUGGGACUGGGGUGCCUUUUUUAUAAACUAAAUAAAUGUUAAACACCUAAAA